UGUGGCAUUCCAAGAAAAACGCUCGUCAAAUCACAAACUAGAUAAAUAUUUGUUGUAGUCGUAAACGUAAAUUGUAAAUCGUAAAUUAUGUUUACCUCUCUGAAUCGAUUCUUCCCCCGGAUGAAGCUACGUCGCAAUGUAAAGCUUACGACUAAGACGGAUAUCUUUUGUCAUCUAGUUCUGGUCAUUGUCUUACCAAUUGUGCUGCUGUACGAUUUCAUAGUUGUGAUACCUCAGUACCAUUCACCUGGAGGAUACGUCUAUGCGGUAACGGUCAUCUGCAUAAUCUUGCUCUAUGUUAAUGCAAUGACAAAUCUUAUGGCCUGCAUGAUAGUCGAUACAUCGGUCGAUCAUGAACGCAUCAAAGAUUUUGGCGCAGAGGACGAUGAGUAUACGAACUGGCAGCAUUGCGAGAUCUGCGAUGCUUUAGCGCCGCCCCGAUCGUUCCACUGUUCCCAAUGUCGCACUUGCAUUUUGACACGCGAUCAUCAUUGCUUCUUCACCGGCUGUUGCAUUGGUCAUCAAAAUUUCCGCUAUUUCACCUGUUUGGUCGUCUAUUCCGCAUUGUUAUCGAGCAUUUUGAUGUUCUACAACUUAAAGCAUUUCUGCUUGCUUAUGUCUCCGCUGUUUUCCGCUGUAUUCCUUUCCGCAUUAACGUUGAAUCAGAUUCUACAUAAUACUGUACUCUCACUGAACUUAAUCUACAUAAUUUUCUCGGUUGGAAUGAUCUUCGUGCACGCACCCCUUGUGCUAAGAGGCGAACUAAGUUGGGAGCGUGAUCUUAAGGAUAAGCACAAUUACGACGCUGGCAUCUACUACAAUCUGAGAUCUAUUUUCGGACAACAUAUGCAUAUCGCCUGGCUGUUCCCAUUGUUCGCUAGUCAAUUGCCUGGCGACGGCUACAACUGGAAGUUGAUUACGAAAGAUAAGUCAACGGAAACAAUGGCGACCUUACGUUCUCGACAAGCCUAAUGCUUCGGCGACAGUCGCCGAACAUUAUUUGAUUAAAAAACAUAAAUUCUGUGUUUAAAUCUGCAAUAUUAACUGAUUACAUUAGUCAACUGACCUAAAUCUUUC